AUGCGAGGAAAGCGGGCUCUUACGCCGUACAAGGCCAAUAGUUACCACAUAAGCCCUAGCGAAGGUGGAGCUAAGAAAAUCUUCGAGCCUGAAGUAGUAGCAGAAUGGCUACGGAAAGGACGAGUCUGGCUUGCCGAAGACGUUAGCAUCUCGGUGAGUCUGGCACACAACAACAAAGGUGUCGGCGGUCUGCUUUUGAACGUUGUGUUCGAUUGGGCGCGAGAUCAGGCGAGGUCUAGAGGGGGCUCAGCGAGGGUGUCGCUAUUCACGUAUCCGGAUGUACCUUGGAAUGGGAAGUGGUAUGAGAAGCGUGGCUUUAAGGAAGUCUUGCCUAUCGAUCUUGGACCAGAGCAUAUCGCGAAGAUGGACCUCGAUGAAAAUUCUGGCGCUUAG